UGUUUCCGCCUCGCGGCCGCCCUCAGCGCCGGGCCGGUCGCUGCCGCCGGGGAGAGCGGCCAGGGGUGCCCAGCGCAGCGCGGCCCAGCCCGGCCCGGCCCGGCCCAGCGGAGCGGGGCCCGCGUGGUUGUGCGGCCGCCCGGCCGCUCCUAAGGCGGCGCCGCCGCCGGCCCCCGAAGGAUGUGGUGGAGGCGGCCGGAGCAGGCGCCGCGGCCGAAGGAGCGCUGAGCCCCGAGCCCCACCGCGCCUCCCGGCCCGCUGCCCGGCGCCGCCCCCAGCCCUUCCUUGCCCGCCGCCCCUCGCCGGGUCCCCCCGCGCUGGAGCCGAGGGGGAGCCCCUGAGCGCGGCAGCCAGCAUGGCCUCCUCGUCGGGCAACGACGACGACCUGACCAUCCCCCGGGCUGCCAUCAACAAGAUGAUCAAGGAGACGCUGCCCAACGUCCGCGUGGCGAACGACGCCCGGGAGCUGGUGGUGAACUGCUGCACGGAAUUCAUCCACCUCAUCUCUUCCGAGGCCAACGAGAUCUGCAACAAGUCCGAAAAGAAGACUAUAUCCCCCGAGCACGUCAUACAAGCACUAGAAAGUUUGGGUUUUGGCUCCUAUAUCAGCGAAGUAAAAGAAGUCUUACAAGAAUGCAAAACAGUAGCACUAAAGAGAAGAAAGGCCAGUUCACGCUUGGAAAACCUCGGCAUUCCGGAAGAAGAGCUUCUAAGGCAGCAACAGGAAUUAUUUGCGAAAGCUAGACAACAGCAAGCAGAACUGGCACAGCAGGAAUGGCUACAGAUGCAACAAGCAGCUCAACAGGCACAGCUUGCUGCUGCCUCAGCCAGUGCAUCCAAUCAGGCAGGAUCUUCUCAGGAUGAAGAUGAUGAAGAUGAUAUCUGAAAUUCACCAGCUGAGUUUCUGUCUUCACUAAGAAAUACUUUUCCUGCACAAUGAAAACAGUGAAAUGAAUGCUUACCUGUAAGUUUGUAUGCAUCAUGGACUGGCAAUUGGUAUUCUAGGGGUGUCUGCUGUUGUGUGCUGUACAUGUAUAAACUGUCUUUUUUGAACUCUUGAAGAUUUAAGGUUCAGUAUCAUAUCAACUUUGGAUUUUUAAUGGUGUAUAUGGAAAUUUUAGAUAGCAGUGCGUCACUUAUUUGAUCAAUAAACAGUGUUACAGUAAACAACAAGUUUAUAAAACAUAGUGAGAUUUAUACAAAGCUCUAAAUCCACGUUUGCAUUUUUUCCCUUUUAACUAAACUAUAAAAUCUUACUUAGAAUUUUUAAUUGUUUUUUGGGGGAGUGGUACAGUAGACAUAAUCUGUUAAUGGGGAAAAAAAAGGCGAGUUCAGCAUAGUACAGUCUGAAUUUUUAGUUCUUUUUAAAGUGAGGAUGUGUAUGGCAAUAAAUAUUAUAUAUGCUCAAAGACCACACUUGUUAAAAUUUGAAAAUGAUACAUUUUCAUCAAGCUAGGAAAGGUAUGUUUAAUAGGAGUUGUAUAAAUUUGGUCAUUUUUUGUAUAGGGGUGGAAAAAAAUAAACCCAUGGUUUUAUUAUAACAUCCUUUGACAGUCCUAACUGAAUAUUUCACUUCAAAGAUUGCCCAUUUUGGAGAACUAACUCUUAUUAUUUUACUCCAAUUUAAUGUUAACUGUUGUUGAUGGUAUUGCUUAGUCCAGAUAUAUUCAUGUUGUUGAAAUAUAAAUCUGGAACUUGAUAAAACAGAAUUGUUCCAGUUCCACUGAUUAUAACUGGGAAUGAUUAAAUAUUCAAGCCUAUGAAAGCUGAAGCUAAGAGCAUGCUUACAAUAAAAGAGGGAUUUUAUUUAACCUUGAUUAGUCAUUGCUGUUGGCGUAAUGCUAACAUUUUCCAGACUAGAUUGCCACUGGAUUACUAAGAUACCUUGCUGUACUUUAACAUUUUUUUCAUUCAGAUUGGUUUGUAGGUAUGUCCAGGUUUUUGAUAAACCAUUCCCCAGAAGUGAUCAGCAAUACAUGGAACAGAAAUGAUGUAGUAGUCCUUUUGAUAGUUGAUUUGAAAAUUCUGUUGAUUAAUGGAUGAGCAGCUGUUCUUUGUGUUGAAAUAAAGCACAGUAGUGUCCAUUGCUGAGUUUUAAUGUGUUACUUGAAGUAAUACUGGCAUAUCUUCUGGUACACUAAUCUGAGCAGACUAGAAAAGCCACUUGCAUACUGUUGUAGAUGAUCUGAUAGCUCUGUAACAAUGCGGAUUGUUUAUUUUAACUUAUGUCCUCAGCAGGUUUCUCCAGUCACAGUUCUUGAGGAGGGCAGUAACACUCUGUUUACAUAAGGAAGCAAACAGAAAAUGAUGUGCCCAUUUUUACAUAAAGAUCUGAACAAGGUACAAUUGGCAUAUAUUCAGGUCUCAGUCACAUAGUGGCAUUUGAUUUAAGUGUGAGAUACGUUAAGUUUCAUAUUGAUUAAAUGUGAACACUUCCUUAAAUGCAUUCAGGUAGUGAAAACUCAGAAAAGUAUACGUUGGAAUACUUGAUUUAAAACAACCAAGCAAACAAAACACCUUUCAUGGCUACUAUAUGAAAUAGGCAAAGUUUGACUAAGGAAGUGGUUUUCUGUGAAGGUUUAAGUACCAAAGGUAGGAAAAUCUAGUCUAGUGAUACAAUGUUAAUGUGCAGUGUUGGCUUUUCUAAUUUGUACUGUAACACCUUCACACCUUCUAUUUUAAACGAAUCUUUUCCUUUUAAAUAUUAGGUAUAUUUUCACACAUUUCUUUUCUGAUGCAGAAUUCAGGAUAACAUUUUACUGCAUCUGGUAUGUAUGGUGUAAUAUGUUUGGAUCCUUGUUACCUUUCUUUUGGACAUUCUUGUGCUUUUUUCAUAUGCUGUAUUCUUCAAGCAAUAAAAUUCUGAUGUGUUUUUAUAAAACUGCUUUUAUAUUUAAUGAAUAGUUUGCUUUCUUCAUUGCAUUUAUACAGGGGAAAAAAAGACUAUUUAAACUCUGCUGUUAUUUUGACCCACUGAACAUUUCAUGUGACCAAAGUCUUUACAACCUGAGUGCUGUUGGAUGGCAUUGCUGUUCACUGGGGUUGUUACAUGCUUGCAAACAAUAUUUCUGGGCUUGUCCUGCUCUUGUUCCUCUUGGGAAUUGCAUUUUGUGUAUAGGCGUUUUUAUAAGCUGACCUUUGUGACUUGGAAAGUUGGACAAAAACCCUGUAGAUCAGGUAGCCUACUGCUAUACUGAAAAUAUGUCGAAGUGAAAGACCACAGCAGAGGUUAGGGAAAUAAUAUAUGUUAGUCUUCUGUUGAACUAAUUUCAUGUAGGUAGUCUUGUUUAAAUUUUGAGUCUGCUUUACUUAUUCAGCCAUUCCAGUUCAAGUAUGAGAAGUAACUCUACCAGUUGCAGAGGGGAGAAUCUUCACUGGUCUUUCAAAAAACUUAAUUUUUGUAUUUUCUGCUUUCCUGUUAUGCUUCCAUGUACUAGCUGUUCAGUGAAUACAAAAGACUUCUGAAUUCAUGGUAUCACCGAGUUUUGGUACAGAAUCUUAAAGUUUGGUUAGUGAACUGUAUGGUUACUUUGUCUCAGAAGAAAUGUGUAAGGAUAUGUCUGUUUCUUAAAUAUUGAGUUGAUGAGAUUAUUUGUAGGUUUUCCAAAUUAUUCUGACAGUCUGAGUGCUUUCACUAAGUGACUUUCUUGUGAAAGUUUUUUUUCCUGUUCCUUUAAUAAAGUUGUAUGUCUGCAUGA